AUGUCAAUGGUUAACCCAGCAACUGCAGCUCCUGCAGUAAGACCAGUGCCAAAUAUUGGGACGACAGGACCUGCGUCACAAGGUUAGAACGUAUGAACAGCGCAAGUCUUGUUCCCAGGGUUCUCUCUGGGAACGAGGUUGACGUAUGAAUAGCUUAAAAAGUGUCGUCAUUCUUUGAGAAUUCUAUCUGUAUUUAUUCAUAAUCUUAAGUGUUGUUCUGUUUUUACUGUCCUAAUGGAAUCUGAGAUUUGACAGUGACAGUGGCUAUGGUUUUGAGUCAUUUGUCUUAUAUACUCACAUACCUUACAUUCAAUUAAUUUUAGUUCCAUCCACACAGGAUUUUCUCGGUACAGCAACAUGACCCCCGUUUCAUUGUUCUGUAGACCAGUAUGGCCGCCGUGAUGUUACGUGAAAACGAUCUUUCGAUGCUUUGUAAAAACUCAUUUAACAACUGAAUUUGAAUUUCCGAGUUCAAGAAACUCUCCCUUUCUUGUGAGGAUGAGUUUUAUUUGUAUGAUAAUUAAAAAAUGAUUUUCGUGUCAACGGCUUUGUACCUAGCCUAGCUUUGAAACAGAGGCUUAGAUCAUUCUUUCUUGGCUUUAGACAACUCUGAAAUGGUCCAUUGAUUAAUUAACUACAGCCAAAAAAGUCCAAAGUUGACGUUUUGAGCGCAAGCCGCGUUAUCAGCGCGAAUCAUUGAUUCUAAGAUCGAUGGCCUAACUAGCACUUCGAAACGUCAGCUUGUGAAUCUUCUUACGGUUGUAAAUUGACUAAUCACUUCAGUUGUUGAAACAAAAAAAUCUGUACGUUUUGUGUUUAAAAGCCGAUACUGAUGUGAAUGUCGUGGGUUCAAAUCUUUACGAGGUCAAAGGAUUUUUUCUGUACCAUCGGUGGUCACUUUAUUCCCUUUGCUUAAGGGCUCUGACGCCUAGUGGGGUUUUUUAGUUAUUUGUAUUUAUUGAUUCGCUAUUCCGUCAUUUGUUUAACAAUACGCGGAAAAACAUCAUAUGUUAAUUAAAAGUACUCUUUACCUGUUUACCUUGCCGUGAGUGGCGACCACCCACUUUCGACUUGCUCUUCUGGCACCAGGCCUAGUAGCCUAGGAGGCCGUGGGUUCGAAUCCCAUCGAGGUCAAAAGAAUGACUUGUAUGGUCUCCUGCAAUUGCCAUUACUACGGCUUCAACACUCAGUGGGGUUUGUGGGUUGUUUGUUGUAUCACUUGAACUUCCAUUCUCUGACCCCUCCAUAUCAUUCCCUUCACUCUUUAGUCCAUCUGAUUUUUAUUGUAAUUGUGAUUCAAGACCUGAGAACCAGUCUUAUCAGAAACCGAACAUUAAAAAUAACGCUUAAUUAAAGGACUUUUUCAUAUUUUCAGCUUGUACAUCCGACCGUAAUCCGAGUUGCGAGUCGUGGGCAGCUGUUGGAGAUUGCGAGAAAAACACGGUGUGGAUGUUACUAAACUGCUGUGUCAGCUGUAAAUAUCAUCAGGCACCGAAAGGUAAAUAAUUUAUAAACUCUUUACUAAGAAUUUGAAGAGACGUCCUGAAAUGACGAAGCGAGGCAUUGAAUACUGUUUUUAUUGAUCACUGGAUGUAAACUGAUUGGUGUAAGCUUCGUUUACCUUAAUUAUAAAAUAAAUAAAUGUAUGUUUGUGUUUCUUUAUAUAUCUCAAAAAAAAAAAAACAAACAAACAAACUCAGGUGUUCUGCUUCUCGGCAUAGAGUGCAAAGAUUCAUCUACACUGAUUAGUGUAAGCUUUGUUUACCUGAAUUACAAAAUAAAUAAAUGUAUGUUUGUGUUUCUUUAUAUAUUAAAAAAAAAGGCUAACGAACAAAGGUGUUCUGCUUCUCGGUAUAGAGUGCAAAGAUUCAUCUCCAGAAUGCCCUCUCUGGGCCUACGAAGGGGAUUGUGAAACAAACAGAAUAUGGAUGUUACCCAAUUGUAGGAUGAGCUGUAACCAAUGUGGAGGUAGGAGCCAUCACAGUUGUAGUACGCGUUCCUAAGCAUGUCUAAUUGAAAGCAACUUAAUGGUAAAUCUAAUGUAACUAGAUGGGCUCGAAUGUGAUUAUCAAGAUCAGUGCAGGUCGGAUCGUUGUUACUCAGGCGGUUUCUUUACUAAGACUUAAGUAAUGAUUCGUCAAAGACCGAAUUCAAAUUAGCAGCUUAUAUGUAGCCUAAUGCGCUAAAAUUUCUUAAUCGGUCCGUCAAAAGUUGUACUGUCACUAUAAGGUUGUUCUGUCCGUUUUAUCCUUGAUGAGGACGUUUGUAAGACACGCGUUGCUGUUCGUAAAUCCAGUAGAAUGGAGGAAAGAAAUCAAUAUUCCCAAGACUUCACAGUCCUUUAUAUUUCAGCGUUUUUUUGUAAAGAUCACACGCCUAAUUCGAGACGUUUCCAUCUGGAUUUUGUAUAGUAACGAGAAAUCAAACAAUGCCUAAAGUGCCAGAUAGCUUAGGCUGCCUCUUAUCGUUUUCGGGGCGCGAACGUUCCAGCGAUAGAAAGGCGGCUGCAUUUGCGGGCAGGUAAGGUCAUCUUACCAUUGCCGUUGUUGUUCGUCCCCUGAUCUUUUUUAUGGUAUACUUGUAAUUAUAUUCAACCUGAGAGUAAUUAUGGAUUUUUCUUGAUCUGUAAUUCAAGAAUGCAAGGACAAGGAUUUGAAAUGUCCUUCCUGGGCUAUACUUGGGCAGUGCACUGCAGGUGAUAGGAUGAUCUGGAUGAACAGGAACUGUAGAGAAAGCUGUGGAAGGUGCAAAGGUACGAGCUGUUGCGACAACGACUUAGAAAACAUACAUUUCAGCUGUAUAUCUAAUAGUGGAAAUGUGUGCACGGCUAAGCACAAAUGGGCAGUAAGAUAAUGACUGAGAGAAACGCAAAUAUACUUAACAUUAAAGUGUAGUUUUGGAGGAACAAACCCAGUUGGAUUAACUCUAUUGCUCUUGGCAACGAUAUUUGGCCAGUUGCCUGACAUGACACUGUAUAGAUGGGCAUGCAUGUGCCAUGAUGGCUUCUUCCUUUUAAUUCCACAACUUGGUAUUUUAAUGGUUAUAUACCAGCUGUCUGCUCCAUUUAUUUCGUAUUCGUUGCAUAAUGAAGGAAGAGGUUGCUGCCAUGCUUUCCUCUUGGAUACACUCUGUCUUGGCAAGCUCAAGGCAGUGCACGAGACUAGGUGGUCCAUAGAUUCAUCGUAUGAAAAAAGUACGUAUUAAGUGGAGAUAUGCCUCAUCUUUAAUAAUGUCGGUGGUGGCUUUAAAAACUAGUGGCGACGCUUUGAUUUUGUACUGCAAUGACAAAACUUUCUGAUUCCGCUUCAAGCCCGUAAAUUCGAGUCACUGAUUUGUUUUCUUUACGUCUCUACCAGCAGCUUUGAUUGGUUUGGGUUGUGCAAUCCACUUAAUGUUGUCAUUAUCAUUAUGAUGGUCUUCCAUGAAAAUAAGUAUUAUCAUUCUCAUUCUCAUUCUCAGUUUUAUUCUAAUUUUGCUUUCCACGAUGUCUUUCAUAGUUUAUGACAGACGUCAAGAAUGCCCAGCUUGGGCAAAGAUGAAUCACUGCAAGAAAUCAAAUUGGAUUUGGAUGGUGAAUAAUUGUCCUUGGAGCUGUAAUGUGCCUGGUAAGAGUUUAUAUGCCUGAAGCACAAACAAGCCGUAACCUUUAUGUCUAGGCCAACUGGGGAGUUUUAUACCCAGAAGCCUCAUGGUUUUUCAUGCCAUUUCCUGCAUUUACACGUCUUAGUUUUGCAUAUUCCCAUUAAAAAGCCUAAUUAAAGGGGCUGUGUCACGGCAGUCCAGUUCAUUUUGUUUAAUUUUGUCAAUUACUCGCCUUCAAUCGCUAUGGAACUUAAAAUAAGCAAAGAAAUUACAUGUAAAUGACAAAAUCAGAGAUCCGAGACAAACAAAUAUGUCUCCUGAGCAUUAUUUUUGAAGGGCAAGCAGUAGGGAUCAACUUUGAAAAACUGUUAGGCUGAACAGUUUUCAAAAACCCCAAUUUCAAUCUGUUUCAAUCUUCUUCAAUUUUGCCCAUCCGUGGCGUCUGUUGUUUCUGUUAUGUUAUUUUAACCUUCCUUUAAAGUUUUAAGCGGUCAUUUUUGUUCCUCUUAAUUUAACAGGCAUUUAAUAAUUUCCUAAUUUGGCUGAAUUUCGUGACACGGCCCCUUUAAUGCCCCAGAUUACCCUAGUUAAUCUUAGGUAAUCUAGAAAGACAGCGAAGGUUAGGGAGGCAGCAUGGUGAAGUGGCCCUUACACCUCCUUAGACCCUGUCACAACUUCCUGCCUUUACCGAAUUACUGCCUCUUUUAGUUAAAAUAACGCAUACUUAGCAGUAGGCAUCUCUUGUUCCUGUUUAAGACUUAAGGCAGAGCUGCAAAAAAACAGCCUUUAUUUAAUUAGUUUCUUUUGUUUGAAAUGGCUUCGUCCAAACUCCCUACUUUGAACCACACACCGACAUUGAAGCAUAAAAUGAGAAAAUGAGUUGAAAGCAGGAAGGGUUUAAAAUUUAGAUUCUUUGCUAGAUAGCAAACCAUAUUGACCUCUCACAAUCCUUCCAUGUAUAGUCAAAGAAGCCUUGUUCUGCGGUGGAAAAGCAAACGGUGAUUACCAAGACCCGUCUUCCUGCAAAGCAUACAUAGCGUGCUCGCACGGUGUCACAACGCACGUGGCGUGCCCACCAGGAAAGUCGUUUGACACAAUCAAACGGAUAUGUCAACCCAGUAACCGAGCUACCUGCUCAGUGGUCCAUCUACGUGACAAAUUAGAACCGGAAUGGAAGAUACUGUGGACCUUAAAAAGAGGAUUACCGGACCCUCAUCAUUGA